AUGCAUGAAAAUUUAUUUGAUAAUUUAAAUGUCAAUUGGAUAUUUAGUAAUAUUGAAGAAAUAUUUAAAGCAAAUAUUAAUCUAUGGUUACAAUAUUUAAUUGAACCAUUGAAUGAAAUACGUCAAAAUGGUGAUGCGUUUACACCGGUUACUUUUAAAUGUGCAAUAACACAUAUUCCUGAUUUAUUGAAUGUCUAUAAACAAUAUUAUGUUAAUUUACCACGUUGUCGAUCAUAUACACAAGAAGCUGUUAAACGAUGUAUAAAUUUCUUUACAUUUCUUGAGUGGGCUAAUCAACAAGGUCAUGAUCAUCGUGAACCAUUAUGGGAUCAGUUGACUAAACCAACUACACGACUAACUCAAUAUCGUUUAUUAAUGGAAUCGAUAAGACGAAAUUGUAGUAAUUCAAUGGAAGAACAAGAAGUCAAUGAAAUGUUCAAAUCAAUCAGUGAAUUCUUGGAAACUAUAAAUCAACAAAUGACUGAAACCAAAACAUGGGAAAGUUUAGAAAUAUUUGCAUCAAAAUUAUUAUGUCAUGAUAUGAUUGAUAAUAAUAUUGAUGAUUAUAGCCAAUUAAUCAAUGAUUAUACAAGAUUUAAGCUUUCAAUUUUAAGUCCAAUCAAAUUACCAUUUCCAAUUAUUUUAUUUAAUGAUCAAACUAAUCAUACUACUAACAUAAAUCAAACGUUAAAUAGUCCUUCUUGUACAAAAAAAAAAUCAUUAGCAUUUUUAAAUAAUCGACGUUUCAGUGCUUCCGCAUUGUCCAUUUCAAACAACAAUACUAAUUCAUUGUUCAAUAAUAAUAAUAGUCCGAAUCGAUUCCACCAACAUACAAUCAGUUGUAAUCGUAGUGAUUCCGGUAUUGGGGAUUGUAAUUCCUCCUCUGCUGUAUUCACUGAUAACAACAAUAUCAGUAGCAAUAACACGGCAUCGAUUUAUUUAAAACAACCAACAAGAACAUCCAGUUCAAGAUUGAAUUCAUUCAAUGAAAAAUCACAAUCAUUCCCUGUAUUAUUAUCACCAAUGUGUACUGAGGAUCGAUUGUAUAGAAGAUCAUUAAUGUUGGAUACAUUAGAACAAUUAGAUAAUUGGUCAGAUAUUUAUUGUCGACGUACAGUACAACGUGUUGUAUUGUAUAGUGGAAAUCUAAGAUUUAAAGAACCACCGAAUCGUUCAAUCGAAACUGUAUGUCAUAUUUUAACGGAUUUAUUUCUAAUUACUAAACUACACAAAAAAGAUGGGAAUGAUUGUUGGAAAUUAUUGAAAAAUCCUAUUCGACUGGAUAAAUUGAUUAUUCAACGUGGUCGUGAAAUUGGUGUUUUUGGUUGCGCCAUUCUAGAUGACUUUCAUAACAUUGCUAGCUUUUACAUUUUUUCUGCUGGACCAAAAUGUGAUGAAUGGAUUGCACAGAUUGAAUCAGCAAAGGAAAAGUAUCGUAAACUCAUGGAACCGGAAAUCUUGAUUGCUCAACCGCUGAUACGAAAUCAACGCGAUGAAUUAUGUACCAAUGUUAUGUCAUCCGAUCUUGUGUGUAAUUCAGAUAAUACUUUAGAAUUACGUCAUGAACCAUUUGAAUGUAAUGUUGACUUGUUUGUAGAAAGUUCUCCUGUUCCUCCAAUUAACCCGAUUCAUUCGAAUAUUGGCGAGAAUAAACGCAAUGUAUUCUUUUCAUCUCAAACAUCUUUAUUUGAAAAUAGCAAUGCCAGUCAUAAUAAUACUAAUAAUAAUCAUAGUCAUAGUCAUAUUGAUGAUUCAAUGUGUAUUAAGGAUAAACGUGUUCGAUCAAACAAUUCUCCAAUUAUUCGCACAAAUCAUGAACGUUCCAGUUCUAGAUCAUAUAAUUACACUUCAACCGAAUCGAAUUCAGUAACCGAUCAAAAUAUCCAUCCUCAUGGUGAGCAUCAUCACUCACAACAUUCAUCAUUGAAUCAAUUUGACAGUAGGAAGAUGAAUCAUUCACAUCCAAUCGAUAAAUCCAAAUCAAUUUCCGUGUCAUCAUUAAAAAAAAAAGAUGUUGAUAGAACAUUAUAUGUCACCACUAAUCCAAGAAGGCAACAACAACGAUAUCAAGUAAGAGAGCUGCCAACUGCUUCGGAGUCAUCUUUGAACAAACUACGCUCCUCACGUAAACCAGUGAAUAUAGUGAGUGUAUCACGAUCACCUGCAUUCAGAUCGUCAUCAGCUAGUGAGAGUAGAAUUUCACAGAAUCCUGCUAAUCGACAAGAUUAUUUUCAACGUUCAAUGUUGUUCAAUAGUACAAAAUCCUCAUCAUCACCAUCCUCAUCCUCAUCAUCAACAACAACAACAUCAUCAAGAACUGAAGUCGCCGGUCAUGUGAAUUGUCCAUCCAUAGUGAUUUAUAGAAUUCAGGGUGAUCUUAAUCAAAACGUGAAUAACACUGAUAAUACUAACAAUCGACCAUCUCGUUCAACGAAUUUACAACGUAAUUCAGUUCAUCAAUCAUUAUUGAGUAUUGACAUAUCGGAUAGUGGUGAACAAUAGAAGACAGAACAAUACAAUAUUUUUUAUUCUACUGUAUCUCUAUAAAAAUCUGGCUUAAUUUUAGCCAACUCUUGUUAUCUAUCGGUAACAGUAAAAAAUAUUGAUGAACAACUUAUCGCAUUUUCGUUCGUUCGUUCGUUUGUCUGUUUGUUUGUUUGCUUGUACAUCUAUGCAUCAGGCCAUCUUAUUUUCGUUGAGUCUACACUACACAAAGUCUAAAAUCGAUUGAAUUCACAAACUGACCAAACUAUCAUGAUGGUUGGCAGUGAACAAACCACAAACCAUAAAUUCCAUCACACUACCACCAUUGUACUCAACAAUCCAAUCCAAUCAAAUCAAAUAUUGUGUGAAUAAACACAGCCAAUCACAUAAAUUUUUGUUCUGAUCAAUUUAUCAUUUUGUACAGUGAUAGAAAUUUCUUCUUUUUUUCUUUAUCGAUAAACACAAUAAAAACCACUGUGAUGUAUGUUUGUUUGAAAAUACUGUUUUUUUUGUUUAAACUAACUUUUCUAGAAAAUUCCACAUCAGAAACACAUUAUUCUUCCUCCUUUUUCUACAAUGUUCAUCGCUCCUUCCAUCCUUUCACCUCCAUCCAUCCAUCCCGCACUCUCUCUCUCUGUGUCAGCUCACUUCGAUGUACAAUGUGAGAGUCGGUGGCUGGAUAGAUUCUUACAUAACAAAUGUCUAUAACAUGAUGAUCAUUAUUUUUAUUUCAAAAAAAUUAUUGUUUGAUUUUUUUUACAGUUUUUUUUUUUUGCCUUUUCAAACCAUAUCAUAUCGAUUUUCUGUGAUCUAAUGAAACAACGAACAGUUAGUUAUAACUCGAAUUUUGUCUUUCAACUACAACGCGAUACUACUAUAUAGAGAACAAUUUCCAGAGAGAAUAUGGAAGAACAUGGAAGAGAAGAAUUUGAUUUUUUUUAAUAAAAUAAAAACGUAAAUAUUUUAAAAUGAUUUAGUUUGAUGCCUAACUUUU